UCUAAAAUUCAUGUGUUGAAACUUAAUCCCCAGAAUGAUGAUGGUGUUUGAUGGUGGUGGGGAUGGUCUUUAGGCAGUGAUUAGUGCUCUUUUGAAAGAGAUCCCAAGAGAGAUCCGUCAUCCCUUCUGCUGCGUGAAGAUACAUGGAGAAGGCAGCCCUCUCUGAACCUGGAAGCAGGCCCUUGCCAGACACUAAAUCUGCCACCACUUUCCAACCUUGAAAACUUUAUUCCCUUCAGCAACCUCAAGCUUUUUAUACAUUCCCAUUUCAACAAAUGAUGGCUGAAGCUCCUAAUGUGGAAGUCAGGAACGAGCAGCAAAUACCAGCAGAGGUUCCAGAGCCAGCUGCUGCUCAAGAACCCAGACAAGAGACUCCAAAGGGAAGGAAAAGAAAAACAACACAACCGAAAAAACCAGUGGAACCCAAAAAACCUGCCGAGGCCAAAAAGUCUGCCAAGUCCACAAAAUCAAAAGAAAAGCAAGAAAAAAUUACAGACACUUUUAAAGUGAAAAGGAAAGUUGACCGUUUUAAUGGUGUUUCAGAAGCCGAACUUUUGACCAAGACUCUCCCAGAUAUUUUGACCUUCAAUCUGGACAUUGUGAUUAUUGGCAUAAACCCAGGACUAAUGGCUGCUUACAAAGGGCAUCAUUACCCUGGACCUGGAAACCAUUUUUGGAAGUGUUUGUUUAUGUCAGGACUGAGUGAGGUCCAGCUGAGCCAUAUGGAUGAUCACACUUUACCGGGGAAGUAUGGCAUUGGAUUUACCAAUAUGGUGGAAAGGACAACACCGGGAAGCAAGGAUCUUUCCAGUAAAGAAUUUCGUGAAGGAGGACGUAUUCUAGUGCAGAAAUUACAGAAAUAUCAGCCACGAAUAGCAGUGUUUAAUGGAAAAUGUAUUUAUGAAAUUUUUAGUAAAGAAGUUUUUGGAGUAAAGGUUAAGAACUUAGAAUUUGGACUUCAACCUCAUAAGAUCCCAGACACAGAAACUCUCUGCUAUGUGAUGCCGUCAUCCAGUGCAAGAUGCGCUCAGUUUCCUCGCGCCCAGGACAAAGUUCAUUACUAUAUUAAGCUGAAAGACUUAAGGGAUCAGUUGAAAGGCAUUGAACGAAACACAGAUGUUCAGGAGGUUCAGUACACGUUUGACCUACAGCUUGCCCAAGAGGAUGCAAAGAAGAUGGCUGUUAAGGAAGAAAAAUAUGACCCGGGUUACGAAGCAGCGUAUGGUGGUGCUUAUGGUGCAAAUCCACACAGCAGUGACCCUUGCAGCUUCUCUUCAAACGGGCUACCAGCCAACAGUGGAGAAUCAACUUUCAGUGACAUUCCAAAUGGGCAGUGGCUGAGCCAGUCGUUUACAGAACAUAUUCCUUCCAUGAAUAAUCACUGUGGGAUGCAAGAACAGGAGGAAGGAAACCAAGCUUAAGAAUGGUGCUUCUCAGCCCUGCUGAAAUGCUGCAGUUUUAAUGCAGUUGUCAAGAAGCAGCCCUCAGUUUGCUAACUGAAGUAUUUUAUGAGUUUUUCUCUGAUGAUGUAAUCAUAGUACAGUUGCGUGGUAGAAUCAACUGUAUGAACUUAAGUAGUUUGGAAGGAAAAUGUAGGGGUUUUUUUUUUAAUAUGAGUUUUUGUAUUUGAAUUAACCAUCAUUCCAGCAUUUUAUAAAGCCUUUUUCAUUUAUGAAGAAAUUGAUUUUCUUUUGGGAGUCACUUUUAAUCUGUAAUUUUAAAAUGCAACAGUCUGAAUAUUUAUAUUUGAUUAUUAACGGUGCAUAAAUCUAGAUACACCAUUAUCCCUUUUAUGCCUAAGAAGGGCAUACUCAUAAUAAGAAUUACCCCCGGUAAAGAGGUGGAUGUGUAGACUCACGUGAAGCCAAGCCUCAGUGGAGUCGCGCGCGCACUCAGACCUCUUUACCAGCGGUGACCAUGUGUGAGAGCUGCUCACUCGUACAAAUGUAGAGGGUGGCCUUGCAGCGGCCAGGCUGUCCUGGCCUUACCAGGCAGGGCAUUGCACCCUGGCUUUGGCCUCCGCACCCCUGUGUGUACUCCUUCCUCUAAGAGGCAGAAACUCUUCUGCCGGGGUGGUGGGCUCCAGAGAAUGCGGCAGGCCUUUUAAAUAUUGUUACUACAUCUGUGUUUUACUUGAGAGACAUACAUUUGAUAGGGAAGGAACUGAAUUUCUCUUUCCACAUCUACCACCAUUCAAAUCUUAUCCUCCUUGGCUCUAAGGGUGUAACACGGAACGUGAUGAAAAAUGCACCUUCAGGCUGAGCAACACGACGCUGGAGGUGUUCAAUAAUCUUAUUCAAACUGGUGCUUUAUGUACAUGAGAUGUACUGAUAUAAGUGAUACAGAAUAUUUUCGCUAGUUAAAUCUAAUAAGCCAGGAAUUUAAAAAAUCCUUUCUCUACAUCAUUGCUCUUUGUUACUGUGGACUAAGUUAACCUUAUGGCAAGGUGGUUUUGAAGUAAUGUACCUUUGUGGUUUUCUAAUGCGUUCUCCAAGGUGCUACAAAUAUAGUCCAGAUGGCUAGGCCUGGCAGAUAUAAAGCUGGGUAUUUGGAAAUGCCAUUUGCAUUUACUCCUGAUCACUUAUACCCAAGGAGCAUGCUUUUCAAUAUGAAAAUGUUUAUCGGGUGUUUUUCUUUUUUCCCCUAAAAGAUUAUAUGGUCUGUUUUUUAUAAUAAGAGAAACAAAUCCUUGUUGUGAAUCUUAACAUGCUCUUUAGCUGUGGCUAUGAUGGAUUUUAUUUUCCUUUAGUCUAGAUCAAGCUGUGUAAAAGUCAUUCAUGUUAUUUAAAUCCUGUACUGUACUGCUGUUUACAUGGAUGUUUUGUGCAGGUGCUUUGAAGUGCCUUGCAUCAGGGAUUAGGAACAAUUGAAUUAUUUUUUCAUGGGAUUAUGUAAAGCAUGUAACUAGGUAUCGCUUUGGUAUAUAAUAAUUUGUAGCCUUACAAUAGGUUUUUUUUUUUUAUUUAAGUGGAGAAAAUACCCUUUAAAUUAUGGACACUCACUGGAGAAUAGGUUUGAGGAUUUUCCAACUACAACGAUGGUGUUUUCAUUAAAUAUGACAGAUGAGUAAAUGUUGAUAUAUCCUGUACAUGACAAUGUGAGACUUUUUCAUUAAAUAAUAUUGAAAAAGUUUUUAAAUUCACUGGAAAGUCUGAUGGUUUUUACAAUAAAAAGAUGUUAAGAAUGAUUACCCUUAAGUUGCAGGCUUUUCUGUAGCAAGACUUUCUGGUAUUCUUUCCUCCUUUAUA